AACAUGUGAAUAUUCUAAAAUAAGUUCAAACUCCACAGGAAUGAAUGUCACCCUCCGAGAUUUAUUAGAUUAGCCAAUUCAAACCAAAACAGUCAAAGUAGUUGAAGUCUUUAUUAGUAUAACUUGUGUACAUCAUAUAAGAUGAGGGUGAUUAUGUGUAUAAUUGUUAUAGUGCUCUAAAUGUUUAAAAUUAAGGAGAAUUUUUGGAACUUUAUAAUAGAUGGCCUGGAUAAGUUGAGGAGGUUUAUAUAAAGGAAAAUGAUUUGAUUGGAAUCGAUAGUGUGCUCUACAAUAUUCGAAGUGAUUUCAGGUAGGAUCUACAGGUUGAAUUGAUUUAGUACGGAGUUUCUAAUAAGCGCACUUAAAACAUAAGGAUAAAUAUUAUCAAGAAUAAGGAAGAAAACAUGGUUGAAUAACUGGAGACUAUUUCAUUAGAUCCUAAAAUCAUACUUGGACACAAAGACAAUAUGUUUAGAGUGGAAAUGAAUGAUGGAAGAAUGAAUGAUAUAAAUUAUUUGGUUAUGAAAAAUAAAUACCCUCAUUUAGUAGUAUAAUAUUUAGAAAAAUUGUGA